UAGAGGAUAGUGUCGGACCUCACUGUGCACAGACAUGAUGCUGGAGCAGGUCGUGCUGUUAGCAGCCGUCACAGUUUUGGGAUUGCUGGAACAAGCGUACUUCUCUCUGAAGGUGAUCUCCGCGCGGAGAAAGCACUCGGUCUCUCCGCCUGCCACCACCGGACCUCCGGAGUUUGAGAGGGUCUUUCGAGCCCAAGCAAACUGUUCCGAGUAUUUCCCCCUGUUCGUCUUCUCGCUUUGGCUGGCUGGAGUUUUCUUCAGUCAAGCAUUGGCAGUAAUGUUUGGGCUGCUGUACCUUUAUGGACGGUAUCUGUACUUCCACGGCUAUGUGGAGUCUGCUCAGGGCAGACUGGAGCCGCUGUACUUCAGUGCAAAGAUGCAGUGGAUGCUGAUCGCUCUGGCCGGGCUGGGGGUCGUCUGCACCAUGACACAGGCUUAUCUGGGACUGGACCUGCUGCACUCCUUUAGUCAUGUUCUGGGCCUGACCGAACACACAUGAAGGAUCUGGACGCAGGUCUGCAGGAAGCUGAGGACAGGGAAGGCUUUAGCACCUGUAAUGGAAUAGGUGACAAAACCACAAAAAUAUGUAUAUUUUUCUCCUCUAAAGAAAGAUUUAUAUCAAAUGUAUUUAUAUAAAAAAAUGAAUACAGGCUACUAUUGAUUGCUCCAGGAAAGACUCAAAGUGUGUGAGUUAAUCUGCAGUGUACUCAUGCAAAACCAUCAGUUAUUCAAAUGUUUGCUUCAAAUGUUUAAUAACUGAAUAGAAACCAUUACUGUUAGUAUUUUCAAAUAGCUAAAAUUAGUUUACUUAAUAUAUUAUUACGUUUAUAUUUCAACU